CACGCCGUUCUUUGUUCUGCACCAAAGCUUCGCGCACGCCCCGAAACAAAUCGCCAUCUCCUUUCGCAUGGACUCGCCAUGGGCGAGUCCUUGCUGCGAGCCCAUGUGCAGGCGCUCAAGGGCAAGGUGCCGCAGGUGCAACGCAUGGAGCUUGAGGACAACAUCUUGGAGCUGAAGGUCGCUGCUAGUGGGGUCUAUCGCCUGAACUUCCUUGUCUACGAGGUGGAUGCAUAUCCCGACAGCGGUGGGGUGAUGAUGAGCGAGGACGAAGCCGCCACCGAGCUGGUGGACGCGAUCAACGCGCGGCUGGAGGACGCAGCGCGGCUUUUGGUGAGUGAGGUGCUGCAGAUCACCCUCCAAGCGCUGGAGGUGAGCUGGCAGCCGGACGUGGACAUGCAGGACGGCGCCGAGGAGACCGUCGCCUUUGAGGGUGAGGACGAAGGAGGCGGCGUGGUGGCAGUGGAGCAAACCUUCGAGCGGUGCCUUCGCCCGGGGUGGAAGAAGCUCAAGUGGCAGGAGGUGGAAGAUCAGCGCCUGGCCUCCCGCGAGAAGCGGCGCAGAGGUGCGGACCUCACCAACGAGGAGCAGAAGGCGGCAGAGAAGCAGAUCUUCAACUCCAGCGAGGCCUUUGGCAUUUUGUCCAAUGAGCUCUACAGCCUGCAGACACAAGGGAACGGGGACAUCCAAGCGGACGCGGUGGAUUUCAGCGUCUAUCACUGGGCCGUGAAGCUGCGGGGCUUCUCCAAGCUGGCGCCGGGCCUCGCGGAGCUCCGCGCAGCCGAAGGCUAUGACUACGUGGAGCUGCGCGUGGUUUUCAAGGAGGACUUGCACCCCUUCUACCCUCCCAGCAUUACGCUGGUGCGACCCAGACUUUGUGGGAGCUACGACGUCCAGGCGGCGCUGGUGUGCCACCCCCGGCUGCAGCUGAAAGGCUGGAGCCCUUUUCUGCUCUCCAGUGACUUGUUGCUCUCGGUGCGCGCCUUCCUCGAUCGCAUCGCCCGAGUGGACCUUGGCAGCCCGAGGAACAACGUCCAAAACUUCCCGGAGGGUGCCUUCAGCCCUUUGGAGCGGCUUCUGGUGCAGCUGGGCCGCCUGCGGGAGGUGGCGCCGCAGAACCUGCGGCCCGCCGUUCCGGGGAACGCCUACGAGGAGGAUCCCUGGGCGAGCGGUCCUUUUGUUCCUGCGAGCGCGUCAGGGCAGACCCCUGCAGCCAUGUCGGCGAAUGAAGGUGGGUACAGAGGUUGGGCCAAAGGGGUUGGCUACGGCUCCAACCACGUGGGGGAGAGGGGACAGGGCUGGGACUUCGAGGCGCUGCAUGCGGCGCAGGCGGCGCAGGACCAGGAGCUGCAGCAGCUGGUGGGCCAAAUCCGCAGCCACCUCUGGCAGGAGCUCCAAGGCGGGCGGGAGGAGCUGGCAGCGCUGCUGGCGAAGAGCUGCCUCGUGCCCUUCCUGGCAGGCAACGACCGUCCCCCCCAAGUAUCGGCGCGGUUUUUUCGAGAGCUUGCCACUUCCUACACCGACAUGGGCGACAGGCCAGUCUACUUCGAAGAAGUGCUGGGCCUGGUCAAGGAGUUACUCGUUCUUUUGCCGGCGGAGGUCUUGGGGCCGCUGCUGAAGAACCUGGGCGCCUGCAAGGCUGCGGCGGAAGUCUUCCUGCGGUCGCUGCCCGAGAGCGAGAGCUUUGCGCAGGGCCGGCGCUUCGCGGAGCUGGUGGUGGAGGUGGGGACGGCGGCCAGGCAAAAGGACCCGCCGGUUGCGACAGGGGAGGCGUCCACGACAGAGUACUGCCGGCGGCUCGCGGGGCUGCGGCUGGACUCCGGGGACCUGGAAGAAGACCACAGCUUUCUCACCAUGGCCCGUGCCGAGAUCUGCGCGCCGCAGGCAAGGACUUUGCGCCUCGCCAAGGAGCUCGCGGGCCUGGGGGCGCUGCUGCCCUUGUCGGACUCCUCGGUGGUCUUGGUCCGCACCGGCGGGAGGCUGCAGCAGCUCUGGCGAGCCCUAAUCACGGGCCCGGAGGACACGCCCUACAGCGGCGGCUGCUUCGUCUUUGACAUCUACUUCCCCCCUGAGUAUCCCACAGUACCUCCACAAGUGAGGCUCCUGACCACAGGAGGUGGCACCGUGUGCUUCAACCCAAACCUCUACAGCAACGGCAAGGUCUGCCUCUCCCUCCUGGGGACUUGGCCAGGCGAGCGGGCCGAGAACUGGGACGCCAAGAGCUCCCGGGCGGUGCAGGUCUUGGUCUCCAUCCAGUCUUUGAUCCUGGUGCCGGAGCCCUACUUCAACGAGCCCGGCUUCGAGCGCGAGAUCGGGACCUCGCAAGGCCAGGAGCACAGCGCUCGCUACAACGCCGCGCUGAGGGAGAACUGCGUCAGGUGGGCCAUGAUCGAUGCCUUGAAGAGACCCAAGAAGGAGUUCGCGGAAGCCAUCAAGGCCCAUUUCAAGCUGCAGGCAGACAAGAUCCAGGCCACCAUCCGGCAGUGGAUCGCCGAGGCACCCGCCCAUGCCGCGACUCUGCAAGUCCUCCUCGCUGAGCUGCAGGCGGAACUCGGGAGGUUGUGAUCGGAUGCGGGCACGGGCAUCCAGCGUUUCACCCGCGAGCAGGUUUUCGGCCGGCCGGCAAGGAAGCGAGCGGGUUUCUUUGCGCGGUUUUCCU